GCGCCCUUGCACACGGAUUGUUACUCGUACCACAUUGAGGGCAUGCGGCUGAUCGAAGCGCUGAAGGAUCAAGAUGCUAAUCAGCGCAAAAGAGCUGCAGAGGCCUUGUUCAAGAUGGGUCCAGCAGCAGGUGAAGCUGUGCCGCAGCUGCAAGAUCGAGAUGUUAAUGCGCGCAAUUCUGCUGCAGAGGCCUUGGGCAAGAUGGGUCCAGCAGCAGGUGACGCUGUGCCACGGCUGAUCGAAGCACUGAAGGAUCCAGAUGUUAUGUGCAGAGAAGCUACAGAGGCCUUGGGCAAGAUGGGUCCAGCAGCAGGUGAAGCUGUGCUGCGGCUGAGCGAAGCGCUGAAGGAUCCAGAUGGCAAUGUUCGCAGCUCUGCUGCAGCAGCCUGGGGCAAGAUGGGUCCAGCAGCAGCUGAAGCUGUGCCGCAGCUGAUCGAAACGCUGAAGGAUCAAGAGUCAUUUCUGCGCAGACAAGCUGCAGCUGCCUUGGCCAGGAUGGGUCCAGCAGCAGCUGAAGCUGUGCCACAGCUGGUCGAAGCGCUGAAGGAUCAAGAUGUUAUUGUACGCAGAGAGGCUGCAGCGGCCUUGAGCAAGAUGGGUCCAGCAGAAGCUGAAUCUGUGCCACAGCUGAUCGAAGCGCUAAAGGAUCAAGAUUUCUUCGUGCGCAGUUCUGCCGCAGAGGCCUUGUGCAAGAUGGGUCCAGCAGCAGGUGAAGCUGUGCUGCGGUUGAUCGAAGCGCUGAAAGACCAAGAUGGUCAUGUGCGCAGAGAAGCUGCAGCAACCUUGGGCAAAAUGGGUCCAGCAGCAGCUGAAGCUGUGGCGCAGGUGAUGGAAGCGUUGAAGGAUCAAGAUGUUAAUGUGCGCAAUUCGGCUGCAGAAGCCUUAGGCAAGAUGGGUCCAGCAGCAGGCGAAGCUGUGCCACAGCUGAUGGAAGCCCUGAAGGAUCAAGACUCAUGUUUGCGCAGAGAAGCUGCAGCGGCGUUGCGCAAGAUGGGUCCAGCAGCAGCUGAAUCUGUGCCGCAGCUGAUCGCAGCGCUGAAGGAUCCAGACGAUAUUGUGUGCAGAGAAGCUGCAGAGGCCUUGUGCCUUUUGGUGGGUCCAGCAGAAGGUGAAGCUGUGCUGCGGCUGAUCGAAGAAGCGCUGAAGGAUCAAGAUGAUCAUAUGCGCAUGUUUGCUGCAGAAGCCUUGGGCAAGAUGGGUCCAGCAGCAGCUGAAGCUGUGCCGCAGUUGAUCGAUGCGCUGAAGGAUCAAGAUCGUUAUGUUCGCAGUUUUGCUGCAGCAGCCUUGGGCAAAAUGGGUCAAGCAGCAAAUAAAGCUGUGCCGCAGCUGAUCGAAGCGCUGAAGGACCAUCAUGUUAAUGUGCGCAGAGAGGCUGCAGAGGCCUUGGGCAAGAUGGGUCCAGCAGCAGCUGAGGCUGUGCGGCCGCUGGUCGAAGCGCUGACUGACCAACAUGUUACUGUGUGCAAUUCUGCUGCAGCUGCCUUGAGCAAGAUGGGUCCAGCAGCAGGUGAAGCUUUGCCGCAGCUGCUCGAAGCACUGAAGGAUCAAGAUGUUAAUGUGCGCAGAACUGCUGCAAAGGCCUUGUGCCUGGCGGGUCCAGCAGGAGGUGAAGCUGUGCUGCGGCUGACUGAAGCGCUGAAGGAUCAAGAUUGUUUGGUGCGCAAAAGAGCUGCUGAGGGCUUGGGCAAGAUGGGCCCAGCAGCAGCUGAAGCUGUGCCGCAGCUGGUCGAAGCGCUGAAGGAUCAAGAUGUCAAUGUGCGCAAAAGAGCUGCAGCUGCCUUGGGCAGGAUGUGUCCAGCAGCAAAUAAAGCUGUGCCGCAGCUGAUCGAAGCGCUGAAGGACCAACAUGUUAAUGUGCGCAGAGCUGCUGCAGAGGCCUUGGGCAAAAUGGGUCCAGCAGCAGCUGAAGCUGUACCGCAGCUGAUCGAAGCGCUGAAGGAACAAGAUUUUUUUGUGCGUUGUUUUGCUGCGGAGGCCUUGAGCGAGAUGGGUCCAGCAGCAGCUGAAGCUGUCCCGCAGUUGAUGGAUGCGCUGGAGGAGAAUCAUGACGUCAGAGCCGCCGAGGCCUUGUCUAAGAUGGGUCUAGCAGGCGCUUCCGUUUUAGGGUCUGCAGAUGUGCGGAGGAGGCUUGUCCUCGUUCUUGCGCGAAUUGGUGAUGCGCGAAGCCCAGCCCACGGGGCGGUGUUGCAGCUUCUACUGCCGCUCAGUCAGCAAUGUCAAGACUCCGCGGAUCCAGUUGUGGCCGCUGCUCUUCUGCAGGCGAUAUGGCUCAGUGACCGCGAUGAUGUUGUGCGGUCUGCUGUGAAAGCUCUUCCUAAGAUCCUGAAGGCAGUCGAACUUAGCACCUUAGAGUUGCGUGGCCUGGUACAGCGAGCCUGCCGCAUGGUGCCGGAUGCUGUAGUGGAAUGCGGGCUGCUCCAGCAUCUGGGAAUUAGGAGUCCCCACGACUUCCCUGGUCCAACGGGGCAAGACAUCAGCCAGCCAGACCCGAGCGAAGUACCUUUGACCUUCUUUCUCAGCGACAGCUUCGCCCACAACACAGCCACGGAAGCAGGACUCUCUCAACGGGCAGCCUACAUUUCCGCAGGCAGUUCCGAUUGUGAACCGCCGUUGCAGCUGACUGCCCUUCAGAUGGGUCAAAGAAACGCAGCAAGUACUGCCUCUGAAGGAUGGUGGGCCGACUGCACGUCCACACACUCUGACGGCGGCAACUGGCAUUGGCUGCUGGGCCUUCUGUUUCACGCGUUUAUUAUGCGUAGGCAUUGGGUUGCACUUUCAGUGCCCAGGGGCAGUUCUGCCGCUCAUUUUCAAGCUAGCUGUCCUCUAUGUGCAGAAUCUCGACAGCAUGCCUGCUAUGGACAUAGCCGCGGUGGAAGGGCACCGCCCCUUCUGUCACAAGGCUAG